UUCUAAAUACAUCCAUCCAUGACUGUGUAAGAUCUGCGGGUGGAAUCAUUCCCGCCAAAUUUAAACAAUGGCGGCAAACGGGGUUGAACACGAACGUACAAAGGAUAACUCAGGGAACGAGGACGAUAAUCCGAAACGUUACGCCCCGAAAUGUGAUCAAAUUAAAAAACGAGACGAUUACUUGGAAUGGGAGGAAUAUUUUAUGGCUGUCGCAUUUUUGUCAGCUCAAAGAAGCAAAGAUCCAAACUCCCAAGUGGGGGCUUGCAUUGUUAAUGAAGAAAAAAAGAUAGUGGGUAUAGGGUAUAAUGGCAUGCCAAAUGGUUGUAGUGAUGAUUUGUUGCCUUGGGCAAGGAAAGCAGAUGAUGAUUUAGAUACAAAAUAUCCCUAUGUGUGUCAUGCAGAAAUGAAUGCAAUAUUGAAUAAAAAUUCAUCAACUGUAAAAGGGUGUACUAUCUUUGUGGCAUUGUUCCCAUGCAAUGAAUGUGCAAAAUUGAUAAUUCAAUCUGGUAUCAACAAAAUUGUCUACUUAUCUGACAAAUACCACAACCAACCAAAUAUGAAAGCCUCAAGAACACUCCUUAAUAUGGCUAAAGUUGAAUAUGUAAAAUUUGAACCAAAGAGAAAGACAAUAUUAGUCGACUUUACAUCAAUGGAUCAAUCAUUUUUGUUAGUUUCACCUCAGAAACAGUCAAAGCUAAACCAAUAAAAUUUGUAUGUGUGAAUA